AUGGCUUCAGCAUCGGCAGCAACCAAGUUUUUGACCGAUCGUGUCGCUCUCGUCACCGCUUCGACAAAGGGCAUUGGUUUUGCUAUUGCGAAACAAUUAGGCGCUGCUGGCGCCUCCGUCGUCGUAUGCAGUCGAAAACCUGAAAACGUCGACGAAGCAGUCGCCGCUUUGCGAUUGGAGAAUAUCGAUGCUCAUGGGACAACAGCGCACGUUGGUAAGAAAAGCGAUCGCACAAAACUAAUCGAAUUUACUAUUGAAAGAUUCAACAAACUCGAUAUUCUGGUCUCGAAUGCGGCUGUUAAUCCGCACUAUGGAGACAUGAUGUCCGUCUCGGAAUCGCAAUGGGAUAAAAUGCUCGAUAUCAACGUCAAAUCGGCGUUUGAACUCACCAAAGAGGCUGUGCCUCAUCUCGAAGCCUCUGGCAGAGGAAAUAUUGUAUUCGUAUCUUCUGUGGCAGGAUACUCGCCCAUUAACGAUAUUGGAGCAUAUUCGGUUAUGAAAACAACAUUGACAGGACUCAGCAAAUCUCUUGCGUUGAAUUUGGCCAAGCGAAAUAUUCGAGUGAACACAAUCGCGCCAGGAAUCAUCCGAACGGAUUUCUCACAAGCGCUGUUCGCCGACGAGAAUGAGAAACAGAAAUUUUUGUCACAAAUCGCUCAGCGACGAUUUGGCCAUCCAGAUGAGUGCGCCGAAGCUGUCGCCUUCUUGGUUUCUGAUGAAGCGAGCUACAUCUCUGGAGAAACGAUCGGAAUAAAUGGAGGAAUGCAAGCUCGAAUCUAA